GAAAUGAAAAAGAAGAAUAGGAAACAUUCAGGCACGUUCGUAAGACAUCUAUCAAAAGGAAAAGAUCAAUGAUCUCUCUUUCUCUCCAUGUGGGUAAAACAAACAUUUAAACAGCAUGUGGUUAUCAUUUCAAAUAUAUCUUUUAUUUACAUUCGAAAAUAAUCGAAAUGUUUAUUGAUCAUAAAAAUUUCAAACUUGGACAAAUAUGUCAUAAAAAUCUUCAAGGUCAAACGAACAGAUGUGAACAUUUGCUUCUUUCUUUUAGUUCGAUCAUUCAAGUUUCGGAUAUUUCGUUUGCAACACAAGGACUUUGCCAUUUGAAAUAUGGACUCAGUUAUCGACAGAUUCGGUUUUGUCAACGGAAUGAAGCGAUUAUGCCAUUCAUUCGUUUCGGAGCCAAUUUAGCAUUAGAAGAAUGUAAAAAUCAAUUCAAGAAUCGACAUUGGAAUUGUACGUUAUUUCACGAUCAAAAGUUAAUUGGAAAUAUUCUUGAUUCAGGAACAAAAGAAUCUGCGUAUAUCCAUGCGCUGACAUCGGCUGGCAUUGCUUAUACGAUAACAAAAGCUUGUAGUACAGGACGAUUGAGUUCGUGUGGAUGUGACAUGUCUAUGAAAGAGAAAACGACGAAUGGGUCCGUUCGCUGGGCUGGCUGUUCUGAUAAUGUUCUAUUCGGAUCUGAAUUGGGAAGGAAAUUCGUCAAUUUAAGAGAACGAGUGACGAAAAAUCGAACGAGUUUAUUAAAUGUUCAUAACAAUCAAGUUGGCAUUCGAAUGAUUCUCGAAUCUGUCGAUCGACAAUGUAAAUGUCAUGGUGUAUCAGGUUCAUGUGAAUUCAAAACAUGUUGGCGUUCACUUCGAUCAUUUACACAAAUUGCUAAACAAUUAAAAGAA